GGUACAUGGGGAGUGUGAGCAGCGAGUGACGGGGCAGCAGCAGCAGCAGAGCAGCCGGAACACGGGGCCGAAUCACGUCCGCCGCACGGUCACUAAACCCAGCGCGCACGUCGAGGAGGAAGGCUGAUCGGCCAUGGCAUCGGCAGUAGAGGUUAAAUCUGAUGAUUUAUCAACUGCUAUUCUGAAGCAGAAGCAUAGACCUAAUCGAUUAAUUGUUGAUGAAGCAAUUAAUGAAGACAACAGUGUGGUUUCGCUGUCUCAGGCGAAGAUGGAUGAGCUUCAGCUCUUCAGAGGGGAUACAGUGUUGCUAAAAGGAAAAAAGAGAAGAGAGACGGUUUGUAUUGUUCUAUCCGAUGAUACGUGCUCGGAUGAAAAGGUUCGCAUGAACAGGGUUGUGCGCAACAACUUGAGAGUUAGACUGGGUGACAUUGUGAGCAUUCAACCAUGCCCGGAUGUAAAGUAUGGCAAACGAAUCCACGUACUUCCCAUUGAUGACACGGUUGAGGGGAUUACUGGAAACUUAUUUGAGGUCUAUCUCAAACCAUAUUUCCUGGAAGCUUACAGACCAAUAAGGAAAGGUGAUAUUUUCUUGGUUCGUGGUGGAAUGCGUGCUGUGGAAUUCAAAGUUGUGGAAACUGAUCCAAGCCCAUACUGUAUAGUUGCUCCAGACACUGUCAUUCACUGUGAGGGUGAACCCAUCAAGAGAGAGGAUGAGGAAGAAUCUUUGAAUGAAGUUGGAUAUGAUGAUAUCGGUGGUUGUAGAAAGCAGCUUGCUCAGAUCAAAGAGAUGGUGGAACUGCCUCUUCGGCAUCCUGCUCUGUUCAAAGCUAUUGGUGUCAAGCCUCCACGAGGUAUUCUCUUGUAUGGCCCCCCAGGAACUGGCAAGACCCUUAUUGCUCGUGCAGUUGCAAAUGAAACUGGUGCAUUUUUCUUCCUCAUUAAUGGACCUGAGAUUAUGAGCAAACUUGCAGGAGAAUCUGAGAGCAAUUUGAGAAAAGCAUUUGAAGAAGCUGAGAAAAAUGCUCCUGCUAUAAUUUUUAUUGAUGAACUAGAUGCUAUUGCUCCAAAGAGAGAGAAGACUCAUGGCGAAGUGGAACGUCGUAUUGUGUCACAACUGCUCACUUUGAUGGAUGGUUUGAAGCAACGUGCUCAUGUGAUUGUUAUGGCAGCGACAAAUCGCCCAAACAGCAUUGAUCCUGCUCUUAGAAGGUUUGGGCGAUUUGAUAGAGAGGUGGAUAUUGGUAUUCCUGAUGCCACGGGUCGAUUGGAAAUCCUGCAAAUUCACACAAAGAAUAUGAAGUUGGCAGAUGAUGUCGAUCUUGAGCAGGUUGCCAAUGAAACUCAUGGCCAUGUUGGUGCUGAUUUGGCUGCCUUAUGUUCUGAAGCUGCUCUUCAGGCUAUUAGAAAGAAGAUGGAUGUUAUAGAUCUGGAAGAUGAAACCAUUGAUGCUGAAGUUAUGAAUUCACUUGCAGUUACCAUGGAUGACUUCAGGUGGGCUUUGAGCCAGAGCAAUCCUUCAGCAUUGCGUGAGACUGUGGUGGAAGUGCCUCAAGUUACGUGGGAAGACAUUGGUGGAUUGGAUGACGUGAAGAGAGAACUUCAAGAACUUGUACAAUAUCCUGUGGAACAUCCAGACAAAUUUCUGAAGUUUGGCAUGACCCCUUCAAAAGGUGUACUAUUCUAUGGACCACCUGGUUGUGGUAAAACUUUGCUGGCAAAAGCCAUUGCAAAUGAAUGCCAGGCCAACUUUAUCUCAAUCAAAGGACCAGAGCUGCUUACCAUGUGGUUCGGUGAAUCAGAGGCUAAUGUCCGAGAAAUCUUUGAUAAGGCUCGUCAGGCUGCUCCUUGUGUGUUGUUCUUUGAUGAGCUUGAUUCCAUUGCUAAAGCUCGAGGUGGGAAUAUAGGUGAUGGUGGUGGUGCUGCUGACCGUGUCAUCAACCAGAUCCUGACAGAAAUGGAUGGUAUGUCCACCAAAAAGAAUGUCUUUAUCAUUGGUGCUACCAACCGCCCUGAUAUCAUUGAUCCAGCAAUCUUGCGUCCUGGGCGGCUUGAUCAACUGAUUUACAUCCCACUUCCUGAUGAAAAAUCUCGUGGGGCUAUUCUGAAAGCUAACUUGAGGAAGUCUCCUAUUGCUAAGGAAGUUGACGUAGAAUAUUUGGCUAAGACCACCAAUGGAUUUUCAGGAGCGGAUCUGACUGAAAUUUGUCAACGAGCUUGUAAGCUUGCAAUCAGAGAAUGUAUUGAAAGUGAGAUCAGACGUGAACGUGAAAGGCAGGGUAACCCUUCAGCAAUGGAGGUUGAAGAAGAUGAUCCAGUUCCUGAAAUACGCAAGGAUCAUUUUGAGGAAGCAAUGCGUUAUGCACGUCGAUCUGUCAGUGACAAUGACAUUCGCAAAUAUGAGAUGUUUGCACAAACACUGCAGCAGAGUCGUGGUUUUGGCAGCUUCAGAUUCCCAUCAAGUAGCCAACCUGGAGCAGGACCAAGUCAAGGAACCGGAGGUGGAAGUGGUGGAAACAUGUUUAGUGAAGACAAUGAUGAUGAUCUGUAUGGUUAAACAUACAUUGUGGACCAAAUUUGAUCAGGCCAAGGUGUACAAUUUCCAUUUCUUGGACUGUUGCUUUUUUUUUUCUUCCUACUAUCCCUUCCCCCCUCUCUUCAGUCCAGUCGGAGGAGCGUGUGCAUCUUGUCAGUAAUCUGGUUCACAGGGCUUCUAAAUGAACCUAUUGAUAUUGGAUGUGAAGUUAACUGUUAAAUCACUGCAGAGUAGUAUAUGACUGCCUUCUGGGAAACCUCUGUUCUAAUUGAUACGGCAGAUUGAGCAGCUUUUGCAGUGGGUAUAACUGUAGCCUGAAAAAUUACAAAAUGCUUAUGAAACUUCAUUUUUUUUUAUUUCAGUUGGUGACAUAUGAUAAAUGUAUGCAUUUGAAAAAUGAGACUUGAAAUGUUAAGGAACUUAAUAUGAACUGAUAAUAAAAUCUGAAUUGUUGCACCUCCAAUAA